UCUACUUCACUGGCAGUUUAGUGCGCGGUCCGAAUACACCUGGACAUAAUUGUCGCUCGUACCCUUGAUUUCAAGCCCUAUUGCAAACCUACCACAAAAUGUCUCUGUCUGACCCAGUUGCCUUCUUCAAAGAUUUCCUGGCUGGAGGUAUCUCUGCCGCUGUAUCCAAAACAUGUGUAGCCCCAAUCGAACGUGUGAAAUUGCUUUUGCAAGUACAGCACAUUUCCAAGCAAAUCCCCGAAGAUCAACGUUACAAAGGUAUGGUCGACUGUUUUGUCCGUAUCCCCAAGGAACAAGGUGUAUUGGCUUACUGGCGUGGUAACACCGCUAACGUAAUCAGAUAUUUCCCAACUCAAGCUCUGAACUUUGCUUUCAAAGACAAGUACAAGCAGGUCUUUUUGAGCGGUGUUGACAAGAAAACUCAAUUCUGGAGGUACUUCUUAGGAAACUUGGCCUCCGGUGGUGCCGCUGGAGCCACGUCUUUGUGUUUUGUGUAUCCUCUCGAUUUCGCCAGAACCAGGUUGGCCGCUGAUGUAGGUAAAGCCGGUGCUGACCGUGAAUUCAGCGGUUUGGGUAACUGCUUGGUCAAGAUCUUCAAAUCUGAUGGACUUGGAGGUCUCUACAAGGGAUUUGGUGUCUCUGUCCAAGGUAUCAUCAUCUACAGAGCCGCUUUCUUCGGUUUCUACGAUACCGCUAAGGGCAUUUUGCCUGACCCCAAGAACACUCCUCUUCUUAUCUCUUGGGCUAUUGCACAGACUGUCACCACCAUUGCCGGUAUUAUCUCUUAUCCAUUCGACACCGUGCGUAGGCGUAUGAUGAUGCAGUCUGGACGUGCCAAGAGUGAAGUCAUCUACAAGAGCACAGCUCACUGCUGGGCCACAAUCGCCAAACAAGAAGGUACUGGUGCCUUCUUCAAGGGAGCCUUCUCCAACGUCCUCAGAGGAACUGGAGGAGCCAUCGUAUUGGUCAUGUACGACGAAAUCAAAACCCUCAUCGUUUAAACAACUUUACCGUAUCGCGCAUUACUUUUUUGUAACACUCCAUCUCCAGUCGUCAGAAACCUUUUGCCUAAGGACUGACUUAGAUAAAUUUUCCUGUUCCAUUUAUUGUUUUUAGUUAUGCCUCACUAUGCCUAACUUUACGAAAAUCAUUCCGGGCGGUACGAAACCAAAAAAACGACCUAGCGUUUGCUCCUUUUUUUGGUACCUUAACAUUGUUUAUCGGUCGUCAUUAAAUUACAAACAGGCGUAGCUAAGAACAGUACUGUAUAUACUACAUUACUUAGAUGUAAAUUUAUUUAUUUGUAUCCUGAUUUUUUGACAAAUAAAAUACUGGAAACAAAGGAAAAAGACUUAUUAUGAACCGUAAUGCAAGUAGAAUUACAGUUAAUCCAGUAUAUCAUGUUCGAACAGUUUGCUAUCGUAGGUUUAUUGUAUAAUGGUAUUGUUACAUGUGGAUCGGAAGAAUCGUACUGUACAUGAAUCAAAUUGGAAAGCAAUGUUACAACCUGUUGAAUCGUAUUGUUUCAUUAUUUGUUAUCGGAGAUCUGGUGGCAAAAAUAAAAACGAUAAAACAUU